UCUAAAUCGUUGCUCCUCCGACUUCUGCGCCUCGACUUUCCAAACUGGUAUUUUCAAACCUGCAGCUCUUCGCGCCAGACGUACUACUUAGGAUGUUCCAUUUGAUUGAAUUCUUGGACAGCAAAACAGUAGCAGUCGUGCCACAAAGCUGGUACGGUGGUGGUAGCUGCGUUUGGCCAAAUUACCCGAGGGACGAAAGGGUGGACAAGGCGGUCCGAAGUGCCGAAGAACCUCAACCUGACUGGCAGACACAUGAUGUCAGAAUAAUUAGAUCAUGCGAUGAUUACUUGGUGGCAAGGCGAUGGUUAAAAAAAUACAUGUCCUGUGACACAUCCGCUCUCCAUUCAGAAGAGGAGGCAAUUCCUAAAAGGAGAAAGCCAAUGCCUGUCCAUUUCUAUGGGGACUCUGAUGCAGACAGCGAGAUUGAAAAUCGGCCCCCCAAAAAAAACAGGGGUCCAACCACUAGCGGGACAUUUGCUCCUCCUCCACCACGGACUUCAUCACCAGCAGGACAGCGAACAAGCCAUGCAGGGUACACACCAACCUGGCGAGGGGCGAGGUGUGGUUCAGACGCCAUUGCCUGCUGUGCUGCUCAAAUUCAAAUCCUGGCCAUGCUGGAGACGCUUACACAGCAGGUCCAGCAAUUAACUGCCAAAGUUGACAGCUUUGUUCGCCCCAGCGUGACACAAAUGUCUGGUCAAGAAGUGGAGUGGAGAGACCCGUUUCCGUUGACCACAAUGGAGGAAGUGGACCUGUUUGAGCAACAGCUCAAAGAUCCAGCCAACGCUAUAAUGAAGAAGAAUGUGAUUUCCUCCCUGGGAACAAUCGGAGGACAUGAUGUAAAACGUGCAACGUGGAACAUCCUCGCACGCAUGUUCACUGAUGAUGUUGGCAAGUCCAUAAAUUGGAAAGGGGUUAAUGGCAAAAAAUCUUUCAAUCUAAUGACGUCCAAGACUUUGCUCCUGCAUGCCGUCAGAAAGAAUCACUCUACACAUGCGUCCACUGACGACCAGGUCCUUAAGCACGCCAUUAGGUGGUUCAACCUGGCAGCAGACCGGGGUAGCUCCAGGAGGCGUGCUACUGUCGACGUCCCCCACACUGAACAGACUUAAAAUAUAUCUUUUUUUAAGUGUGUGUGUGGAUAUAAUUUUGUCCUUUCAAAUAAAAAACGUUGAUAUUA